AUGAGCGACGAUGAGGAGGGAGGCUACAACACUGUCACCCAAUCCGAGACAGGCCGGGGUGUGAAGCUUCUUUUCUCAAAGAGCAAGGUCUACAUCCACCCUACCCCUUCCACCAAAGACAACAUUGCAGGAUAUAUCGCAUUGCUGGAACAGAAGUCGCCGCACAACGAUGGCCGCCCAAGCUCGUCCUCGUCUCGAGACUCCAAAACACCGUUGUCCUCGGACCUCCUGCUGGCCUGGGUGCCUGAGUCUUCCCUCGGCGAUGCUGCCAGCGUGUACGUCAAAGUCGACCUCUGCGACGGCGAUUCGCCCCCCAAGCAGACCUACCUUGUGCCUCCACCGCCGACGAUCACGACCCACCGGGACUCUGUCGGGUUCUACGCCUUUGCCAUACCCGUCAGUGCGGUGUACUCGCUCCUUGUGCGGCCGCCCAGUAUCGGCUGGUGGUUUGGAUCGGUUAUUAUCAACAGCCGGGCCGGCGACAGCUUCCCCGCCCUUUUUUUCCACGACAAUGAGUGCCAAUCAACGAUUCUCCAGAAACGGAAGCGGACCCGCGAGUCGUUCGACCCGUUCGGCGAGAAUGGAGAGACGUUCUGGGGUGGCGAUGAGGUGUUGCGCUGGCUGCGCCGCUACGUGCACAUGGAGCGCAGCGGCGCCGAGCCCAACAUAUAUCUGGUGGAGCCGUCCAAGGAAGACAGCGAAGCGUUUAGUGGAAAGCUGACCAGCUCGCCGUUGGCAAUCGGUCAGCGCGACAGCUUCUCUUCCGGCCGACGACCACGGAUGGGCAGGGGGUCUGGUGAAGAUGCGGGGCCGUCGUCACGGCUGCGGACCAGCCACUCGCGCGAUGCCGGCAUGGAUCCGUUCACCAAGUUCGUCAAGGAGGCCGGCUGGAACAUUAUGGAAAAGUUCAGCAAGGUGACCACUUUCACGCGCAACGCGGCCCAAAACGUUUUGGAGGAUCCGCGGCUGCCUCCACAGGUACGGCGGCUGCUGCGCAAUCCCGAGGUGCAGACGAUGCAGGAGGAGUUUGACAGCGCACGCAUAUACCUCGCACGCUGGGCGAUGGUCGUGGCCGAGCAGAGCGAUCGCGACCGGCACCAGCGGAUAUGGACGGCCGACGAGGUGAUGGAGCUAGAGGACACAGACGUAGGCGAGUUUGAGCUGGUCGAUGGCUCCAGCGGCCUGGCCUUGGAGGAACGACGAAAGCCGGUGACGCUGAAGGAGUGGAAUACGUUCUUCGACCGGCGAACCGGCCGUCUGUCGAUCACGACGGACGAGGUGAAGGAGCGCAUCUUCCACGGUGGACUCGACCCGGAAGACGGGGUGCGCAAAGAGGCAUGGCUGUUCCUUCUGGGUGUGCAUGAAUGGUACAGCACUGCGGACGAGCGCAAGGCCGAGAUUGCGAGCCUACGUGACCAGUACGUCCGGCUCAAGGGCCUCUGGUGGGAGCGGCUUGUCGACAUGGACGGACAAGGCGAAGAGGGCGAGUGGUGGAGAGAGCAGAGAGUCAGGAUUGAGAAGGAUGUCCACCGGACCGACCGCAAUGUACCGAUCUUCGCGGGCGAGAGCAUUCCGCAUCCAGACCCGGAUUCGCCAUUCGCCGAGGCCGGGACCAACGUGCAUCUGGAACAGCUGAAGGACCUGCUCCUGACGUACAACGAAUACAACCGCGAGCUGGGAUACGUGCAGGGCAUGUCGGAUCUGCUGGCGCCCAUCUAUGCCGUGGUGCAGGACGAUGCGAUUGCCUUCUGGGCCUUCCAGCACUUUAUGGACCGCAUGGAGAGGAAUUUCUUGCGCGACCAGUCGGGAAUGCGGGCGCAGCUGUUGGCGCUUGACCACCUGGUGCAGUUCAUGGACCCCAAGCUGUAUGAACAUCUGAAGGCGGCCGACAGCACCAACUUUUUCUUUUUCUUCCGCAUGCUGCUGGUGUGGUACAAGCGCGAGUUCGAGUGGCCGAACGUGCUGCGGUUGUGGGAGACGCUAUGGACCGACUAUCUCAGCAGUAGCUUUCAUCUCUUUGUCGCGCUGGCCAUUCUGGAACGGCACCGUGACGUGAUCAUGACGCACCUGCAGCACUUUGACGAGGUUCUCAAAUAUGUCAAUGAACUCUCGGGCACCAUCGAGCUGGAGCCAACGCUGAUCCGAGCCGAGAUGCUCUUCCAGCGAUUCCGGCGGCUGGUGGAAGCGGUGGACAAGAAGGGCAACUUCCCUGCCCCUCGCUUGAAGCCAUCUGAGCCUUCGACAUCGAAUCCGGCCUCUAGCUCAGCGGCCCCAGCCGCAAAAGUUCCGGUACAGGCUGCAGAAUACACGGGCGAGUCAGGAACAGAAAUGUCCUCGUUUGCAACACGGCCAACUCCUGUCGACGUAUUGCCACCACGAGACACGGGCAAGGCGCUGGAGACGCCCAGCACAAUACCGGAAGCAGUCGAGAACCCGACGCGUGUUAUCACUCCGGAUUUGAGGGCUCUGCUCAGCCGGGCAAUCUACGUGGUUCCUCACGCGCCAAAGGGCCAGGAAACACUGUGGGGAAACACGAAGAACUAG